CACCAAGCUUUCUUUAAUUAAAGUACUACUACAAAAUCUAUAUAUCAUAUGUCUAGUUCCAUACCCCCACUGAUCACUUCAUCAUUAAAUACUAGUCCUUUUAAGGCUCGAACCAACAAAACUCAAGUGUUCCGAGUCUCAUCAUGCAAAGUAACAUCAACAAAUGAUAACAAUGAUCACCAACUCAUACUCCCCGAAACCCAAAAACUUAUUCUGCCCAAUAACAUGAAUGUAGACCGCAGGAACCUCCUUGUGGGUCUGGGCGGUGUUUGCACGGCCGCAAACUUAGCUUCCUUGUCAUCGGCAUUCGCUGCUCCAAUUGAAGCUCCUGAUGUCGCGUCCGUAUGCAAGGUGGCGACAUCAGGUAUCAAUCCUGAUGCAGUUAAAAGGACACAAAAGUGUUGUCCUCCUAGUAUCCCUGGGAAGGACGUUGAACCUUUCAAGUUUCCAAAAGAAGAUGAAGAGGUUAGAAUGAGAUGGCCGGCUCAUAAAGCGGACCAGUAUCCACAGCAAGUCCAGUGGUACAAAGACGCCAUUAAAAAGAUGCGGGAUCUCCCAGACAACCACCCGCACAGCUUCGUACAACAAGCUUCAAUACAUUGUGCUUAUUGUAACGGAGGUUACACUCAAGAGCUUAGCGGGUUUCCUGAUGUCGAGCUCCAGAUUCAUAAUUCCUGGCUCUUCUUUCCAUUCCAUCGUUGGUACUUGUACUUUUACGAAAGAAUCCUGGGUAACCUAAUUGGUGAACCCACUUUCGCGUUACCUUACUGGAAUUGGGACGAUCCAGCUGGGAUGCAGAUUCCAAAUAUAUUUCUAGGAGAUAAAAGCAAUCCCCUAUAUGAUGAAUUCCGUAACACGAAACAUCUACCUCCAGCAUUAGUCGACUUAGCACUCGGUGCGGGAAACAAGGAUCAAGAAAAAUGCAAUCUUAUUACAGUUCAUCGUGAUUUAAUUACAAACGCAGUUGAUGACACGAGUUUCUUCGGAGGCGUAUACGUAGCUGGGAACGAGCCUGUCCAAAACAGAGACCCCUCGGUUGGAUCGGUGGAAGCCGGUUCUCACACUGCGGUACAUGUAUGGGUAGGUAGACCGCGCUCCGAAUUUCCUAAUGGAGAGGACAUGGGUAACUUCUAUUCCGCGGGUUAUGACCCGUUGUUUUAUGUGCAUCAUACUAAUGUCGACCGUAUGUGGAAGCUAUGGAAGGAUUUAUGCCUUCCAGGACACGUGGAACCAGCCGAGGAGGAUUGGUUAAACGCUUCGUACGUGUUUUACGAUGAGAAUCUAAACCUUGUACGAGUUUCUAACAGAGACUCGGUUAAUAUACAAAAGCUCAAGUUUGAUUAUGCUGAAUCCAAUAUUAAAACCGUCCCGUGGAGGGAUAGCCGACCCGACAAACGUAACCCGAAGUCACAGAAUGUGGUUCAUGCCUCACAACCGUUAGACGCGCCAGGCAAGGAUCCGUUAGUACUAAAGGAUAAGAACGUGAGGGUUCGUGUUGGAAGGCCAGAGCGUCCCAACGACGAUUACACCAAGGGUUACAAAGAGAUUUUGUUUAUAGAUGGGAUAGCAUACAAGAAUACUAAUAAGGUCGUUAGUUUUGAUGUGUUCGUGAAUGAUGAGGUCAGCGCUGAUGAUAAGGCUCUCUCGGUUUGUGACCCGGAAUACGCGGGUGGGUUUGCCCAGAUUGCACACGGCGAUAUGUCGAUGCCUUGUGGGGCGAGGUUCGGGCUGGACGAUCUGUUGGCUAACACAAAUUAUAACACCAAAGACGGCAAGGCGGUUGUCGUUAAAUUGGUGCCAAAAACAAACCCACCCGAAGAAAUCACUAUUAAGAAAAUCGAAAUCAAGCAGGUUCCCGUUUCUUUCCCGUUCGCAGAUACCAAAAUAUUGAAAACCGAGGUACCGUUGCCCGUUACACUAGGCAACAUUUUGAAGGUUCGUGUUGACAGGCCGCAAAGGACUGACAAGAAUAAGGAAUCCAAAGAGAUUUUGAUUAUCAAGGGUAUCUACCCGGAUAAUAAGGCUGUGAAAUUUGAUGUCUUUGUGAAUGACAAGGUUAAAGAAAACACUAAAAAGGAAGAUAUCCCGACGCCUUGCAGCCCUGAAUAUGCGGGUAGGUUUGCACGGGUUCCACUUAACGACGAUGUUUCGUCUUCAUUGAUUGAGGCGAAGUUUGAGUUAGACAAGCUGUUCCGUGACACAAAAACCGAAAACCAAAAGGAGGCUGUGGUUGCAUUGUUGGCAAAGACAGUCGAGACUAGAGGUCUCAGCAUUACGGACAUCAAGAUCGAGUUGGUGCCCAUUGAAACUAAAUGAUGAUUAAUUGUGCUAGUUAUUAAUAAAUAAAUUGUGCAUUUUGGUCAUACACGACUACGUACACGUAGCAUUAGGAAUACCGUGUAUGUUGUGUAGCCAUAAUAACAUAAUAUAUAUGCACAUUAUAUGCUGCAGCGUUUUUGUUGAUGUUUGGUUGAUAUAAUAAAAUUGAAACUAAAUUCAGUGGUUUCACAAA